GAAUUUCUUGAAUUCCCGAUAAGCCAAAUUAGGGUUUCGGAGUAUCCGGAAGCCGGAUUGAGCCCAAAUUUCAUAUACGAGCUUCCUGCAGCGAGGGGAUAUAAGGACGGUCUCGGAUUUUAAUUCGGGGUUCGUUGGUGAAAUUGACGUUUUAGUACGGGAAGGUUAAACCGGUGUUUGAACGACCAGAACUGGUGAGGGAUUAGCACGGCAUACCGGG